AUGACUCGUGCUAGUCUUAUUGGUGCUCACAUGCCACCAUGGUUCUGGGAAGAAGCGAUCACCUCUGCAGCUUAUGUUUCUAUUCCCUCUCAUCUCACUCUUCUACCUCGUGUUUUUGGGUGCAUUGCUUUUGUGCACUUGCAAAAACACCAACGCACAAAAUUGGAUCCUUGUGCUGUGAAGGGUUAUCGAUGUGUUUUGCUCACCCAAUAUCCCCUUCUCCUCUUCUGGGGAAAAGUAGUGUUGAAGCGGAUGGAGAUAUUUCAGGAUAACAUUGAGACAACUGAACCAGUCGGCGCCGCCCUUCUGGCAACUGAACUAAUCAGUGUCACUCUUCUGGCAGUUGGACCAGUAAGCGUCGCCCCUCUCUUUACUACUUCUCUAGCUAAUGAUUUUGAGGUAGGUUCUGAACCUUUGAUCAAUACUAACAAUUAUUGUGAAUCUACUGAGAAUAGUGUGUAUCAGUUACCACCAAGGAGAAAUUGUGGGAAACCGCCAGAUAGAUAUUCACUAGAACCUGUGAAGAAGGUGAAGUAUCCUAUUGCUAAUUAUAUGUCUACUCAGCUUGCAUCCAUGGUUGAGAUCAGAGCCACAGUGAUUGCAAAAUACAUGAGGUACCUAUUUGACUAUUUAAAAAUAGCAAAUAUGGUAAACCUUGUUGGCCUUGUCGACCUUGCACAAGUUAGCACUCAAUCUAGAUCGUUAUCUCACAUAUCACGGCAUCUAGCAGACCGACUGGAAAGGCUGAAGGGGAACAAGUUUUCUUAG